CCUCCGCCCGUCUGCUCCGCUCCCGCGGCCCCCUUCGGCGCCUUCCCUCCCCCUCGUCCCCUCCCCCCGCCGUCUGCUCCCGGCCUAUAAAAGGAGCGGCCGGCGGGGCUUCCCUUCUCGAGUCGGCUGCGGAGGUGGUUGUGGCGGCGCUCGGCUGAGGGGAGAGUUCCGCGCGCGAGCGAAGAGACAGGCGGCGAGCGCGGCCCUCGGGCCCUGAGGAGCGCCGGCCUCGCCUGCUGCCGCCGCCGCCUCGCCCGGCCGCUUCCCCGGCUGCCCCGCGGGGCCCUCCUCCUCCUCCGCGCCGCCGCGCCCCUCCCCGGCGGCGCCAUGAGCUCGGGGACGCCGUACAUCGGGAGCAAGAUCAGCCUCAUCUCCAAGGCGCAGAUCCGCUACGAGGGCAUCCUCUACACCAUCGACACCGACAACUCCACCGUCGCCCUCGCCAAGGUGCGCUCCUUUGGAACUGAAGAUCGCCCCACCGAUCGCCCUGCUCCUCCAAGGGAAGAAGUUUAUGAAUACAUCAUCUUCCGUGGCAGUGACAUCAAAGAUAUCACUGUGUGUGAGCCUCCCAAAGCGCAGCAUAAUCUGCCUCAGGAUCCUGCAAUUGUCCAAUCUUCCUUGAGCUCUGCCUCGGCAUCCUCCUUCCAGCCACAUGUGCCUUACAGUCCCUUCAGAGGCAUGCCUCCCUACAGCCAGCUUGCUGCCAGCUCCUUAAUUAGCCAGCAGUAUGCCGCUUCCCUUGGUCUAGAGAAAUUGGUAAGCCCUCCAGCAUCAGCCGCUGCUUCCAGCCCUAGCACUUCUUCGUCUCCUCAGCCAGUUUCAGAGCCUGACUUGUCAUCAGAGCCACACCUGCUGUCUUCUAAGGGCGCUGCUUUUUCAUCUGUUCAUUCAGUGCGUAAAAGUCCGAUGGUGGAGCAAGCUGUUCAGACAGGUCCUGUUGACAACUUGAAUCCCAAAAAGGCUCCUCCGAUCAAAGUCACCCCAGCCAUCCAGCGCAACGCACGGCCAAUUCCACAAAUGAACAAGACAACUGAUACAGUUGAGCCAGCACCAGUACAAACACAAGGGCAGGUGAAUGAUGAGAAUAGAAGGCCCCAGAGGAGAAGAUCAGGGAAUAGGAGAACCAGGAAUCGUUCCAGGGGACAAAACCGACCAGCUACCGUGAAAGAGAACACAAUCAAGUUUGAAGGUGACUUUGACUUUGAGAGUGCAAACGCACAAUUCAACCGGGAGGAGCUGGAUAAGGAAUUCAAGAAGAAACUUAACUUUAAAGAUGACAAAGUUGAGACGGGCGAAGAGAAGGGGGAGCCUGCUGUGGCUGCCGAGAACUGUGAUGGCAAUGCAGAUGAAGACCUCCUGGGACCCAACUGCUAUUACGACAAGUCAAAGUCGUUCUUCGACAACAUCUCAUCCGAACUGAAAUCCAGUUCCAGGCGUACAACAUGGGCCGAAGAACGGAAGCUGAACACAGAGACAUUUGGCGUGUCUGGCCGGUUUCUUCGUGGCCGUAGCUUUCGAGGGGGGUUUCGCGGUGGACGGGGAACUGGUGCCGUGCGGCGAACUCAGGCGGCUCCUAGAGUGGGCACAGGAAGGGUGUGAACCUUUCAGGUUCUCAUGUAGACUGCAGAGAAGAUGUGUACAUAGGAAGGAGGGAACAACGUGGGAUGAACGGAACAUUAUGUUUGUAUGCUUAUACUCUGAAGGCACAGCUGUUUGUGUGUCAGAAAUGGAUUGGAGCCCGAGAGUGUCUCGAAAGAGUACGGAAUAACCAGCUCUUCAAGGAUUUUUUUUUCUUUUUUCAUUUUUUAAGAAGUGCAAGGAACUUAGAUGUGCUGCUUUGAGGUUCCAAAGGCUGCUGUAAUCGAACCAUAACCAUCGUUCUGUCUUCGGAAGGAAGAAUCCUCAGUUCUUCAAAAAGAACCAAAGCUCACUUGAAACCAGCAUCUCCAAGGUUUUGUGUUGUUGUUCUUUUUUUUUUUGAGUGUGUGUUUUUGUUCUGAGGAACCAAAAUCUUGCAGAUCUCCUUCCAUUCUCUCUGCUCUACUCCGCUCUGGUUCAAGCAUAUUACUUUGGUGUCUAGAAACAGAUUCUGGUGCAGAAAGAGUUGUGAAUAGUGGGGUGAUGGGGAAGUUGCUGAUCAUGUAUCUAAUUCUGGGUUCACGGCUUGAAGUGGGACUUCUCCGAGGAGCUUUGAUGAUAAACUCACUUGGAGUGCUGGUCACCCCUCGAAAGGAACACUGUUGGAAAACUUCAGAAUGGCCUGUGGUAGAAAGUUAUUCUCUGAUCGCUUUUGAGUUAAAAGCACUAAAACAGCCUUCUUUUUAUGGGGAAGGUUGAAGUUAGGGUAUGCUCGUACAGUUAACACUUUAAGAAGGAAAUAUUUACCACCGCCCCCUUUUGCCUUGGGGUUCCCUCUCCUGAGGUAACAGAUGUGAGAUGAUGUAUAUUUUAUGCUGGGGUAGCAUAAAUGAGAUGGUAAACCAGUAUGCUCAGUCUUUCUACUGCCCUCCUCAAACUGUAAAUAGUUGAAUUUCUUUUGGGUUUUUUUAAUGGUUGUGGAGGGGGUGCUUGAAGGGUGUGUGCAGGGAUUUAUAAACUUUUGCAUGAAAGUGAGCUAAGCCUUUAGCGGUAGGCACGUGUCCUUUAUUAGCUUUAGGGGCGUUUUGUUGAAAGGCUUCUCUAGUUGAUCCCAUACCCCCUCCCCGUUACUAAGUUUCUGUAAAAGUAGUUCAUUUUGUAGGCCCACAUCACUAAGGAUUGAAAUAUUGUGGUGGGGCUGUUCCUGGAGUCAUUCUAAAUAAAAAUGUCAAUGUUCAAAGCUU